AUGGAGCCCGCAGCCCCCCGCCGCCGCCACACGCUGCAGCGCGGCUACCUGCUGACGCGGGAGCCGCACCUCAACAAGGACUUGGCUUUCACCCUGGAGGAGCGGCAGCAGCUGAACAUCCACGGCCUGCUGCCACCUUGCUUCAACAGCCCGGAGAUGCAGGUCCUGAGGGUCGUCAAGAACUGCGAGCGGCUGCCCUCCGACUUUGACAGGUAUCUGCUCCUGAUGGAUCUCCAAGAUAGAAAUGAGAAGCUCUUUUACCGAGUGCUGCUGUCGGACAUUGAGAAGUUCAUGCCGAUCGUUUACACCCCCACCGUGGGCCUGGCUUGCCAACUCUACAGUUUCGUGUUUCGGAAGCCAAGAGGCCUCUUCAUCAGCAUUCACGAUCGGGGACAUGUGGCUUCAAUUCUGGACGCGUGGCCAGAGGAAGUCAUCAAGGCCAUCGUGGUGACGGACGGAGAGCGCAUUCUCGGCCUGGGCGACCUGGGCUGCAACGGCAUGGGCAUCCCCGUGGGCAAACUGGCUCUGUACACGGCCUGCGGCGGGGUCAGCCCCCAGGAGUGCCUGCCUGUCAUUCUGGACGUGGGAACAGAAAAUGAGGAGUUACUUAAAGACCCAUUCUACAUCGGGCUGCGGCAGAGAAGGGUGCGAGGUGCAGAGUAUGAUGAGUUUGUGGACGAAUUCAUGGAGGCAGUUUCUUCUAAGUAUGGCAUGAACUGCCUUAUCCAGUUUGAAGAUUUUGCUAAUAUGAACGCAUUUCGUCUCCUGAACAAAUACCGAGACCAGUACUGCACAUUCAAUGAUGACAUUCAAGGGACAGCCUCUGUUGCGGUGGCCGGGCUCCUUGCCGCUCUUCGGAUCACCAAGAACAAGCUGUCUGACCAGACGAUACUAUUCCAAGGAGCUGGAGAGGCCGCCUUAGGGAUUGCACACCUGAUUGUCAUGGCCAUGGAGGAGGAAGGUUUACCAAAAGAGAAAGCCAUCGAAAAGAUAUGGCUGGUUGACUCUAAAGGACUGAUAGUUAAGCACCGUGCUUCCCUGACACCAGAGAAGGAGGUGUUUGCCCACGAACACAAGGAAAUGAAGAACCUGGAAGCCGUUGUUCAAGAAAUAAAACCAACUGCGCUCAUAGGUGUUGCCGCCAUUGGUGGCGCCUUCUCAGAGCAGAUUCUCAAGGACAUGGCUGCCUUCAAUGAACGGCCGAUUAUUUUCGCUUUGAGUAACCCAACUAGCAAAGCAGAAUGUUCUGCAGAGCAGUGCUAUAAAGUAACUCAGGGGCGUGCAAUUUUUGCCAGCGGCAGCCCGUUUGACCCCGUCACUCUCCCGGAUGGACGGACCCUGUAUCCCGGCCAGGGCAAUAAUUCCUACGUGUUCCCUGGAGUUGCUCUCGGAGUUGUGGCUUGUGGACUGAGACACAUCACGGACAAGAUUUUUCUCACUACUGCUGAGGUUAUAGCUCAGCAAGUGUUAGACAAACACUUGGAAGAGGGCCGGCUUUAUCCCCCUUUGAACACCAUUCGAGAUGUUUCUCUGAAAAUUGCAGAAAAGAUUGUGAAAGAUGCGUACCAGGACAAGACGGCCACGGUUUACCCCGAGCCACAAGACAAAGAAGCGUUUGUCCGCUCUCGGAUAUACAGUGCCGACUACGACCAGAUCCUGCCUGACUGUUACUCUUGGCCUGAAGAUGUGCAGAGAAUGCAGACCAAAGUUGAGCAGUAGAAGAGCCGGCAUUUCCAGCUCUGCUCAUGAGAUCUUGAAAUCGUUUAUAAUGUUUAAAGGGUAGAAUCUUUUAUGAUGAUUCAUAAUAAGCUGAGAUUCAGAAAUUUUGCUCUAAUAGUCUAAAAAUCGAUAGAAGAAUAUUGAUGCAAAUCUGGAUAAACACCACAUGAGCCAAUUCUGCUCCGUUUGCCUUGUGGUUAUUUAUGAUUUCUACUUUAGUUAUUCUGCCCCAGUUCUCUUUCAAAGCUAUUGUACCUACUACUGAGAAACUCGUCAUUUUUAUAGAGGAAACUAAUGGGAAGACCAAAAUACAAUUAGUACUGACAUCACAUUAAAGCACAUAAUGCUUUCGUUGAUCAUUUUGUUGCAGUCUACUUUUUAAAAAAGAUAGAAAUGAAUUUAGACGUAGACAAACUUUUGCUAAACAGAAACAAUAAUACUUUGUUGCCUAGAGAAAGAUGACUUCUCAGGUGCUUAUACUGGAAUCCUAGGUUAUGUUUGUUCUUUCUGUGCAAUUGAAUUCUCACAUUUCUAAGAAAGAUCCCUGCUGUUUACAAUGCCUCGUGCAGCCUUAGAUUUUAAUAUUCUUUUGUCGUUGUUACAUCUUAGGGAGUAAAGCUCUCAUCACCUUGGUCCUUAGUCAGAAAUCCCUCCCAAAAGCGCCUUUAUUUCCCCUGAACCCAGCGUCCUGUCCUCAGGCACCGCACUGCUGCAAUGGGGACUUUGAGGACUGCAGCCUGGUCCAGAUGCUGGUGCCUUCAGCUCAGCGAGGUCUGAGUGGGGAGAAGGGCUGAGAGGGGACUUGGAGUUAAGAUCUUUGAGUAGGGGCUGCCUGGGGAGCCGACCUCUGCAGACCAGGAUCUCAGGAGUCAAGCAUGACCCAGAAGAGCUGGGCUCCUGCCUCUCCUGUCCCCUGCUAUGUGGCCCCUCAACCAGCUCCACUGAAUUCUGGCUCACUGUGUUGCACUGAGCUCACUCUGUUCAGAGUCUGGAGGAGGUUUUGUAACUAUGAACUUAAUAUCCAAAAUUAUCUUUACACCACGUUAAAAUAUUUUAAUUACCAAGAUCAUUCUAUGAAAAACAGUAGUUACACCCCUAGAUUGUAUUAAUUUACUUCAGAAAUUAAUGAUUAAUGGAAACAAUUUUAAAUUCUCAAGCUCAGGUGCAAUAACAUUUGCUAUUUAUUUAUAGAAUUAGUUGGAAGAUUUUCUGUUUUUGAAGUAAUGCUGUAAACGAAGAGCAUAAGAAGAUAUUCAAGAUAAACUGUACUAUGAAGUGAUUUUUUUUGGAAGUUGAUGGUUACACAAUCUGUUCUAGGUAUGAGUAGAAGGGGUUGGGGUAUUUCUGAAGGUGAUGUGUAGUUGGGAGUUUCCUUAACAGAGUUAUUUGAAAAAGAUUCUUCUUGUCUGUUACCAUGUGGUCUUGUAGCUCUAACGAAAUGUAUUUACCUAUGCAAAAGAUUUAUUAAAGCAUAGA